AGCAUAUAUACACACACACACUCACAGUAAGAAGCCGUGAGGCGGCUGUCAGCUGGUCUAGUCACGUGGUGUGAGGUGGAAGGUCGCCCUGCUUACAAUGGAGCUGUCGGAGGACUUACAGAGGGGCUUGCACCGCUUAGCGGAUCCAGCACUAUUCACCCCUAAAUCCUUCGCUGCCCUUAUUCGGGCGGCCUUCCUAAGUGUUAGCGAGGCCCAGGCCGCAGAGACAGCCUUAGAUGAUGCAGAGCUGCAGCCCAUUGAGCCAGCACUCGUUAAGCACUGCCAUGCUGCAGCCACAACUUGUAUUCUGGAGGCAGUGAAGCACAAUGCAGACAGAGCAGGCCUAAGCACCUUCCUAGAAGACUGUAAAUUUGACAAAGACAGAACAGAACUCUUUUGGACUGAAUACCAGAAAAAUAAGGAAUCUUUGGAAACCCUACUUGGAAGUAUAGGGACCUCCCCUCCACACAUCACUGAUGUUACUUGGCGUCUUCAAUACCAAAUAAAGAGCAACCAGCUGUACCGACACUACCGACCUGGCUAUUUAGUUAAUUUAACUGUAGAGAGUUCUGAUGCCAACCAAAAGCCAGACAUUAGUUUUAAUUGUUCCAUGGAACAAUUGCAGGAUUUGUUAGGAAAGCUUAGAGAUGCAGCCAAAAGCCUAGAGAGGACUUCUCAGAUGUGACCUUUUUUGUAUCCAGUAACAGUCAAGAAUCCAUCCGCCUCGGUCUCUUCCUUCGGAAAUUUUUUUGUUUUGUUUUUUUAAUGCAUAUCCUGUAAUCUACCUGCUGUUGUAUGCUGUUUUGUAUCAUCAUUGCAAUAAAAACCUGGAUGCAUAUUC